CUAACUACUCGAGUGCACCCACAGAGAGCCUCCUGAAUUCUAUUAAAGACUGUUGGAUUUGCUGAUUCCCCUUCCGUAAAGCCCUUUGGAUUCAUUCUUAUUUAUUCUAUCUGUUAGGGAAAACAUUACCUUACAUCUCUCGCCAACAAGAUUUCAAGUGCUUAAAACUUCAUAGACAAAGACCAACCUCUGUUUUUCAAAGAGCUGUUCAAAACCCCCAUUAUCAAAUCCAUCCACUAUCUAAAUCCCCCAUCCGGAUUCCGGAUCUUGUCCCACCCACAAUCCAUCUUAAAGCUUUGGAAAUCCCGAGCUCUUUUCGUUUCGACAACUCAACUUACAUCAAUCUCUUCCAAACAAAAGCAGACGAGUUUUCAAGUUGUACAUCUUCUCAAGUCCUUAUACUUGAUUCCUAAUUACUUUUUUUAAAUCUUCUCAACUAUCAAGAUGUUUGCAACCAAGGUUCUCCGUCAAGCCUCUGCUGCUGCUGCUCACUCUGAGCGUACUCCAUUGAUCAAGUUCAUGGGCAGGAGAUCAGUCCCUUGUAUGUAUCAUCCGAUCUUCAAUCCAUUCUUUAAUCUCAUUCUAACAAUUUAAUAGCUUCCAUCGAUCACUCUGCUCGACCACAUCCAGCAUCCCCAACCCACGAACUUCCAGCAGGCUUCGCUGAGGCUCAAAAGUCUGCCUCUUCCUUUUCUUCCUACAGACAAAAGGCCCAGCAGCAUGGUCCACUCGGUCGCAGUGCCAGUAACGAUGGCACAAUCGGUUCUCUCUCCGGUAGAGCUUUGGGCCCCAUCGCUCCAAGCAAGGGUGAAUACUUCGAUCGCAACGAAUUACCUGCACGUUUCCGACGUAUUCCAAUUGACCUUGCCGAGAUUGAUGCUAUCGAAACCGGUGGUGCUACAGUUGUCUGCUAAAUUUAAACUUUGAGGAGAAGAAGAAAAAACUCUAUUGUACAAUUAUGGCUCGCUACGGAAAAGUGAUGGAUUGAGGCAGGAUAUACCCAUUAAAACGACAACUUUCAUGAACUUCUGGCGAUAGAUGGAUGAAGUCAAUCAGUAGAGACUUUUUAGGUCAGGGAAGCAAGCUCCAAGUCACGGCUAUGCAGAUUAGGAUGGACAAAAGGGAUAUAAAUGUUCGGACGAGUGGCAUGGAAAAGUUGCUUUUACAAGGAAGUCGGAGCAGGUAUCAUGUUUCCUGCCGGACUUUUCUGGUCUGGCUUUACUCUGGAGUAUCGGUUUUUGGGAAAGUUCUUUUGAGCAAUACUUCUCCGAAUCAUCAAAUGAGUUGAGUGAAGCAAGAAUAUAAUUAAAUCAAAAUUUACCACAUCACGUGCACGCAUCAUAGUUCUAAAUUAAUUUGUCCGUCUA